CCGAAAACUAACCGAGAACUCCGACACGAACAUUGUUUCCAGUAUAGCGGUAUUAGUACCAGCAGUAAAGUGUGCAGAACGAGCUGUAUAUGGACAAUUUGUUAACAGAAUCUGUUCCCACUAAGGAGCAUAUGGAUGAAAAUGUUGUCAUGGGCGAUGUUGAAGUAGAAGGAACAGCAAAAAACGAGCUUGACCAGCCAGCAACUGAAGAAGUUCAAAUCAGACGGAAUGCAUUGCACCUAAUCGGAUUAACCGAUUUGUCUCAAAAUCAAGUGUCCGAGUUUGUCACAGAGUACUUUUCUGAACCGAAAUGCGUGUUUGAAUGGGUGAAUGAUGAUAAGUGUAAUCUUGUAUAUCCAGAUGACGACGUGUGCCGUUCAGCACUCUUCCAUUUGGUAAACGAAAGUAUUGAGGAUAUGGACGAGAGACGCGGUUACCAAACGAAACCGCAUCCUUCUCUUCAAAAAGUAUUCUCCAUUCGCCUGGCUACGACUUUGGACAAAAAAGUGAGUAACGCUCAUGUGUACUCCCGUUAUUAUCUUUUGCACGGAGACCCGCGGGAGGAUUCCGAAUUAAGAAGACAUCAGCGUCAGAAAAACGAAGGCAAAUCCAAUUCUGUCAACACCAGUAAUAAGGGCUCUGGUAAAUCACUAGCCGCACGUUUAGGACCCAAAGUUAGUGAUUUGAGUUUAGCAGAGCGUAUCAGCAGAGACAAGAAAUCUAGAAGAAGAAGACGUAGACGGACGUAA